UCCACACCCACACUCCUCUUGCUUCCGCCUUUUCCUUAUAUCUAACACUAAACCUACCUAUAAAUAAAAAAAACAUCACAAAACAAACACAAGAUGGCAAAUCAAGUGAUCGUCCUUACUCUCAUCUUUGUUGCCAUUAUUUCUGGGGUUGCUGCAAAGGCCAAUGCGCCAUCAGCCAAAUCUAAGUCGCCAUCAUCAUCACCAGCCAAAGGUCCAGCCUCCUCAAAUAAGGCUAAGUCCACAUCCUCCGCGCCAGCAUCAUCCCCCAAGUCUUCGGCUUCCUCCCCAUCUGCCUCACCUAAGACUGCACCAUCACCAUCACCCAAAGCCGCACCAGCUAGUUCAUCAACUUCCUCCGGCCCCAAGAAGCCCACCACUCCACCCCCGAAGGCUUCAUCCUCUGCCUCUGGUCCAUCCUCCGGCCCCAAGAAGCCCACCACUCCACCCCCAAAGGCUUCACCCUCUCCCUCUGGUCCAUCCUCCGGCCCCAAGAAGCCCGCCAAGGCUCCUGCUGGCGCUAAAAGUCAUUAGAAUCAAAAUUCACAAUAAGAAAAAAGGAUAUCCUUGUGAUCACCGCGUGGUCCAUGAUCCUGAAUUUAGUAAAUCAGUAAUAGCCUUUAACAUUAUGGGGUCUGAUUGAAGACCAGGCUCAUCUAGUUAGUAGCAGCACCAAUAAACUACAUGGUCGUUUUUUUGACCUACCUCACACAUGGAAAAUACAAUAUGUUGAAGGAGCCAAAAAAAUUAUUAACGAAGUGUUGAAAAACUGUAGUGAUCAUUUUUAAUGAAAACAUCUUUGUAUUUUUCUGCUCGAA